AUGUCGGCGGCACGCACAGCGUUCUCGUUGGCCAGGCGUGUGCCUCUCAAGCCAGCUCGUAUUCCCCCCCGAACCUUCGCAACUGUCGCGGCUCGCCGAGGCAAAUGGGAUCCCAAGCCAGGUGAACCGGAAGGAAAAUUGGUCGCCUUUGACGAAAUCAAAUCCGAGAAAGAUCUCCUUCCUCCCGGUGCGCAGCCGGGUACUGUGCCCACCGAUCUGGAACAAGCAACUGGUCUCGAACGUCUCGAAAUUCUUGGAAAGAUGCAAGGGGUUGACAUUUUUGAUAUGUCGCCGCUCCCAUCGGACAGAGUUGGUACUUUUGAGGACCCAAUUGUUGUGAGAUCAGCUGGAGAGGAAAUUCAGGUUGGCUGCACUGGUUGCCCUGCAGACUCGCAUAUUGUCAAAUGGCUUGUGAUGUCCCGAAAGCGACCAUUUGAACGAUGCCCUGAAUGCGGUAGUGUCUACAGAAUGGAUUAUAUUGGACCUCCGGACGACCCACACCAUCACCACCAUGGCUAUGAAGCACCCAAGACCAUGGCUGACUAUGUCAGACCUGAAUAUUGGUAUAGAUGA